UGCAACUUUAGAAAUCAACCGAACUAACAUUUGAAGAAUUUUAGUUCCCUCCCAAGUCAUAACAUCAUCAUCUUCAUUCUUUCUCUCUUUGGAAAUCAAGAAAAAUGGGUGUGCAGCAAACAGACCCUCUUUCACAGCUAAAUUUGCCGGCCGGUUUUCGAUUUUAUCCGACCGACGAAGAGCUUAUGGUUCAGUACUUAUGCCGGAAAGUUGCUGGCCAACAUUUUUCUCUUCAGAUUAUAGCUGAGAUUAAUCUCUACAAAUUUGAUCCCUGGGUCUUGCCGAGUAAAGCAAUGUUUGGCGAAAAAGAAUGGUACUUUUUUAGUCCAAGAGACAGAAAAUACCCCAACGGUUCACGUCCGAACAGAGUAGCCGGUUCGGGCUACUGGAAGGCAACCGGAACUGAUAAGAUUAUAAUGAGUGAAGGAAGAAAGGUUGGAAUAAAAAAAGCUCUGGUUUUCUACAUUGGCAAAGCUCCCAAAGGAACAAAGACUAACUGGAUCAUGCAUGAGUACAGACUUUCCGAGCCCCAACGAAGAAACGGAAGUUCAAAGUUGGAUGAUUGGGUACUAUGUCGAAUUUACAAGAAGAAUUCAAGCGCACAAAAAACAUUAGCGGCUACAAAUGCAAGUACCGAACAUAGUCAUAGUCACGGUUCCUCGUCUUCGUGUUCUUCUCAGUUCGACGAUGUAAUGGAAUCAUUGCCUCAGAUCGACGAGAGAUUUGUCGAUCUUCCUCGAAUGAACUCUCUCAAUGACUGGGCAGCUAUAGCCGAACAGCUUGCUGGAGCUCCUGUAGGAAAUCAAACUCAAGCCCUGAGCAGUAACAACAAUAAUAAUCAGAACGACUUGUACUUCCCCUGUAAUUUAAUUUCACGGCCUGGUGGUUUUGAAGCGAGAUUUAAAACGAGUAUAGAGGAAGAAGUUGAGAGUGGAUUCAAGAAUCAAACUUCAGAGUUCAUGAGCUUCAAUGGUUAUUCCCAGUGUUUUGGGAAUGACAGGCUUGCUAUUCGGUAUCCGAAUUUACCUGGGAAUGUCGGAUUCAGACAGUGAAAACUCGGAAAUGUUGGAAAUAAAAAUGAAAUCAUGGUUAUGGAUUAAGCUGGCAAAAGGUGGAAGAUGUAAAUUUCCUUGGAUUUUUUGGUUGGACACUCCUUCCAUUGUAAACAAGGGAUAAAUUUUGUUGCAUCUUAAAAUGUUCGAGUCCCAUAUAAAAUGAUGGAGAAGUUGCAACUUUGAACUUUCGGAACAUGCUAAAUGGUUCUAAUGGAGUUUCAAUAAAUUUGUUCCAAAAGUAGUUCAUAACUUCGGAAAAUAACAAGAAAUAUAUUUUAAAUUAGUUUUUCA